CACAGGGUGCCAAGGCAUGUUUUUUGCGUGACAUCCCCUUCUCUGCCAUUUACUUCCCCUGUUAUGCUCAUUUGAAAGCUUCUUUUGCAAAUGAAGAUGGCAGGGUUAGCCCUGGAAAUCUGCUUUUGGCUGGAUCGAUAGCUGGUAUGCCUGCAGCCUCUCUGGUGACGCCUGCAGAUGUCAUCAAAACAAGACUACAGGUGGCAGCCCGGGCAGGACAGACCACCUACAGCGGUGUUGUAGACUGUUUUGUGAAAAUCCUUCGAGAGGAAGGUCCGAAGGCUCUGUGGAAGGGAGCAGGAGCUCGUGUAUUUCGAUCUUCUCCUCAGUUUGGUGUAACUCUGGUGACAUACGAGCUACUGCAGAGAUGGUUUUAUGUGGACUUCGGAGGAGUGAAACCAGCUGGAUCAGAGCCAGUUCCCAAAUCUAGGAUCACUCUCCCUGCUCCUAACCCUGACCAUGUUGGUGGUUAUAAAUUGGCAGUUGCCACUUUUGCAGGGAUUGAAAACAAGUUUGGACUUUACCUACCUCGGUUUAAGCCAUCGCCACCUACCUCAAAGGCUGCUGCAGCAGUAGGACCCUAAGUUUAUUGCUGUAGGUUUUUUGUUAUUAGUUGGGACAGAGCCACUUUUCUAAUUGGUUAAUACUUUCUUCCUUUAGCUUCUCGUCAUGCAACAGUUUAGCUUCAUUUGAGUUUUAAGGCAAUUUUCGUUUUAAAUGUAAUCAUUUGUCUUUGUGCUUCCUUAACCAGAUCACUGUGAAAUUCUUACCAGUUGUUUUAAGUUUGGGACCAUGAAUGUAUUUGUCCACAUCUGACAUGUGCCUGUGUUGGGAAGACACUAAUUUUAGGUUCCAUUGACUGGGGAGGGCUGGGUGAGAGCUGUGAAGCAGCUGGUCUCGCAGGUGGCGCCGGGCUGGGGGUCACCUGGGCGGGUGUGGCCCGCAGCCACUCGGAGGGAAGAGCUGGGCAGGUGCGGCGGUGCUGGGAGCAGAGGGGCUUUGGCUGUACGUGUAAACGGGGUCUACACUUGGUGUGUGCCUGCGGAGGCCACCACAGGCACACCCGGUACCUAUGCGUGCCAGUGCAGCUUCACCUGCUGGAACAGCGACACGCACAAGGUCUCUUCCUGGGUUGUAUCGUGAAGCUUUUAUGUGGAACAUGUUUUUGUAAUGGAAACCACAUUUCUAGGUGUUCAGCUGUUGCAUUAUGUUACUGGUAUCAAAAUGCUCAAAAGAAAGUGUUAUUGUCCAUAGUCUUUGCACUUUAUGGCAGAACUUUUGGCAUUCUACUACACAUACAAGGAAAUUUCAUAACUAGGUGCCUAUCUUGAGUUGCUGGUGUUUGGAAUUCAGUUUGUACAUGCACUUCUAUAGUAAAACGCUGCUUGUUUAAAUAACUGCAAUAGAAAAUUAUGCACUGUAUCAAUGGUACCUGCCUUAACUGCUGGCUUGUAAUUUGCAAAUAGGUGGUUUCAGAUUCUUAUUUACUUCAUUGAGUCAAAAGAGAUUAAAAUACUCUAAAAGAAAGAUUUUACUUAAUUUUUUGGUGCCUUGCACAGUGUUUAGAAAAUGAUGUAUUUAUGAAGAUAGAAAUAAACCUUUCAAACAGA